AUGACUAGAAAUAGAGAAAGAGUCAUUGAAAUAAUGGUCAAGGCUUUGUCAGAGUAUGAAAAAAAGGCCCUGGGUCUGCAGUUUUCCUAGAAAGGCAUUUUGUUCCCUACUACUCUUAGCAGUCCAGAAACGCUGGAAACUCUAAAGUCCUUUGAAGUUGGGAGUAAUGAUGUGAUUCUCACAGGAUAUCAGAAAAUGGGUAUGAACUGGCUUGGUGAAACUGUGAGAGAUUUGGAAUCAACAGAUGCCAGAUAUACAGAGGAAGAAAUUAAAAAGAGAAUAAAUGUUGAAAGGGAGCUACAGAUAUUUCCACGUCUAGAGUUUGGAGAUCCUGGAAAAUUUGAGAGGAUGAAGAAACUGCCUUCCAGAAGAAUUAUACUAACCCAUCUCCCACCUCACCUCCUGCCAACGUCCUUUUUCUAAAGCAAGGCUAAGAUCCUCCUGCUGGUUCAGAACCCCAAGGACACAGCUGUCUCCUACUACCAUUUCAACAACAGCUUGCCCAUGUUGCCCUCCUUCGCCUCAUGGGAUGAGUUUUUCACAGCUUUCAGGAAUGGGAGAUUGGAUUGGGGCUCCUACUUUGAUCAUUUAAUGGAGUGAAGUAAGUUUACUGACCAUGAGAGGACCAUGGUGAUAAGCUACGAGGACCAGAAAGAGAACCAGAUAGUGGGAAUGAAGAAGAUUGCUGCCUUCUUUGGGUUCUCCCUAAGUGAGGAAGAUUUUCACAGAUUUGUCAAAAAGACCAGUUUCCAAGCCAUGAAAGAGAAAUCCAGGGAAAUCCAUGGAAAAUUUGGGGACAUUCUCUUCCGUAAGAGGGUUAUUGAGAACUGGAGAAACUAUUUCUCUAAGGCUCAGAAUGAAGAGAUGGACCAAAAAUUUCAUGACUGCCUAAGGGGAACAAAGUUGUCAGCAAACAUGAAAUAUGAUGUGUACUGCAAGGUCUGA